AUGCCCGAGCCAACAAAACAAACUGAGUACGAAAAACUGAAAAAAGAGCUCCAUCAAAAAGUAUUAAGAAAGAAGCAGAUGGACGAUGAGCUAACCGCUAUAGAAGAGGAUAUAUUCAAUAUGGAGACAGCUUAUCUUACCAAUAAUAGUUCCUAUGGUAACAUCAUUAAAGGCUUUGAAAACUUCACUAAAAGUUCCCAUUCAAACAACAAUCCUGCAGCAAGGAAGAGAUAUCAGUUUACUGACAAUGAUAGAAUAUUUUCCCUCAGUAGUUCGACCUACGUUAGGCAUUUGAAGAAAAUCAAUGAAGAGAAUGGAGCAGACAGAGUCAACUUUGAUGCUGAAUGCAUGGAUGACGAGGAGGGGGAUGAAGAGGAAGACGAGAAAUCUAGCAAUGGGCAAAAAAAGAAAAAGAGGGAUGACUGA